AUGGUUAAUUUUAGAAGUAUGCCAACCAGUUCAUUACGGACUAUAGAGCUGGCAAAUUUUGAACUAUUCUCAUCACGGUUGAAAUCGUUUCGAGUUUAUGCUAACGAUCGAUAUCCAGCAAAGUCCUGGGAAUUGAUUGGUACAUUCACCGCUCGAGAUGUUAAGGGAAUACAGUCUUUCAGUGUUUAUAGUGGAAAAAUGAUCAAAUAUGUUAAAUUCGAAUUGAUUGAACAUUAUGGUUCAGAACAUUAUUGUCCCUUAACUAUGAUUAGAAUAUUCGGUUUGGGUUCCGAUGAUCUAGAUGAUGAUGACGAUGUUGAUGAUGUUGAUGUUAGAUUAAUGAAUGUGCCAGAAUCUACUUCAAAUCAUGGUUCGAUGAUUACUCCGACUAAGGAUAAAAAUCAACAUUUGGAAAAUCAAGAAAAUGAUAUUAUUGCUAAAGAUGACAACGCAACAAAUGAGCCUAAAGAUGAUCAAACUUCAUUGAACACAAGUAGUAGUAAUGAUGGUAUGUAUGAUACUAUAGAGAUAACGGAAGACAACAAUCACCACAUAGUCAAUGUCAGUACAUACGAUCCCGAACUAAAACCAACUAAUUUAGAUCUGACCAGUGAAGAUUAUCCUAACAGUCAGAAUGACGAUCAUGAUCAUGAAGACGUUGUUAACAAGUUGUCUAAUAUUGAUUCUACUAACAGCGAUUCAUCUGUGGAUCGAAGUAAGAAACAUUCGGGACGAACAACCACUGCAAAAAAUAUCGGAAAUCACAAUGAUAAUUAUAAAAAUAAAUUUUGUGGGAAAAUAGAUCCUAUCAAGGUACUUCAUAAACCAUUUUGUCCAGCUGGAUCAAUAAUGUAUCGUUCUAUAAAUCAUAUCGAUGAUCAUUCUAUAACAACUAAUUGUCAUACUUCUAAGGUUGCAAACAGCGAUUCACCAACUCCACAUAAAUCUGAUUUUUAUCCAACUGUAAAUAUUCGUGCUAAAACAUCAGCUACAAUGAAAUUAUCACCGCCUAUUGUUAAAAUGAAACAAAAUAAUAAAUCAUUAGAAAAUAUGAGUACAAUUAAUCUAACAUCACAAUUACAUAAUAAACUAUUUAAUCAAGCUCUUAAUCAAAUGAACUUUUUUACUCGUUUGACAAAUGCUAUAAAACGUACUGUAUUCGGUAUAUUUUUACAGUUUUUCCCAUCAGCUCAAGAUACUACCAAUCUGAUUCUACAUGAUAUUAUUCCAACAGUAGAAAAUUUCCAUACAAUUAAUUAUUUAUUCAAUCCAAUUGGUUUUUCUAAUCCAUUAUGUAAAGAUUCUAUGAUGUAUUUAACAAUGAAUCAAAUUGAAGGUUUAUGGUCUUUACGUAAAUGUCUUAUAUUAUUAGAUUUACAAUAUACUUCUAUAAAUUCUCAUUCAUUUACAUCAUUGAAUUCAAUCAAUCCAAUGAAAAUCAAAGAAUGUUCAUAUGCUAUUCAACAAUUGAAUUUAACAUACAUAACAAAUUCACAUUAUUUACAAUUUGAACAAUCAUAUUCUCAAUGGUCAUUAUAUGAAUUAGAUAAAAGUAUUGGACAUUUAUAUAUUGCAUAUUAUAUUAUGCAACAUAAUAAAACUUUAAUACAAUCAUCAUCCUCAUCAUUAUCAUCACCAUCAUCAUCAUCAUAUUGUAUUGAAUGUAAAUCAUUCACAUAUUUAUCAUUAUAUGAUAUAAAUUGUUGUUGUGAAUUGUUUAAUUGGAAUUGGAAAAAAUUGAAUAUAUUUCUUUGGAAUAAUACUAUUGAUAACUAUAAGUGUUUCAAAUUGCCAUCAUUUUUAUUAUCAACUAAAUAUUCUGAAUUAUCAACAUCAUCAUUUAAAUCUCCUGUUAUUCCUGAUCUAAUCGAUUCAACAGAUAACAAUAUAAAUGAAAAAUGUUCAUUGAAAAUUAUCCUCAUUCAGCUGAUAUGA